AUGUGGAAGGAUAAAAGAAUGGUUGAAUUGUUCGUAUUACUACUCUUAGCUGUUGUUUUAUCUGGCAAUUUUGUUUGCUCAUUACAAAUGAAAAAUAAUUUAGCAUUUGUUAAAUUAUUCGGUAUUGAGCAGUUCAUGCUGAUUAGCUUAUCACAUUGUCAUUUGAUAACGGAAGAAAUGUCACCAUUAAAUGCAUGUCCAUAUCAUAGUAUUAUUCAUAUGAGUGGCUUAUCAAAUCAGUACAAUUGUUCAGAUUUGACGUUGCAUCUCAUUUUACGUGAUAACGAAGUGCCAAAAGUUUUAAUUUUAGGAGCUAAAAGAAUAUAUGGUAAUCUAAUUGCACAACAAUUGCAAAUUUCAUUACCUGGACAAAAGCGCUCUUUCACACAUAUGCAUGUGAAUUUGGAAAGUUCAUAUUAUUAUAUUGGUAACAAUGUGCUUCAGAAACAAGUAAUUGCAACACUUUUCGAUAACAAUGAAAGAAUGCUAUACGUACUACGAAAUAUAACUUUAUCAGAUGGAUAUUUCACCUUAGAAUGUAUUAGUUUUUAUAUGCAGUUUAUAUCAAAUGGUAGAUUAAAUUUUUUCGAAUUGAAUACAUUUCGAAAUAUUCAUCCCAGUAACAAUGAGAGGAUAUUAUGGACGGAGGAUCCGUAUCAUCAUAAGUUCUAUUAUGUGAAAAAACGAACUGAUAAUAAGAUUAUCAUAUAUUCAAUACCCUGUGAGGAUAUUAUGCAAACUUUGCUUGAUGGUAAGCCAGGAAAACCAGUGCAAAUAUUCCGUGAAGCUAACUUGCGUCAUUUAAGCGUUUCACGUGGUGUUGCUAUAAUUGAUAUAUUGGAUAAUGGAAAUGUAAAACAAUUGAUCACGUAA